AAACUCAAGCUGAACAUGCGCAUUAAUCUACGGUCAUUGUUUUAUUUCAGAUCCAAUCAUUUGUUUUCUCUCUUAUGGUAUCAGUCUUUGUUUUUGAUAGUUUCGGUUUUAUUCGUCCAGGUUGAGAUUUCUGCAUCCACAGCACAAUGGCAUCUGGUAUGGUAUUUUGAUAAUCCACCACCAUCAUCUGGAACUGGAACUACUCUCUCCUGUAAGAAACUGUCCACAGGUCCAGCUGUAGUCUUUCUGAACUUUUCCUGCUAUGUCUUUCAGGCUAAAGUAGAGAAAGCUGAUGAUGUGAAAGCCAGGCUGAUAUUGGAAAAACUGGAUCAAGAUGAAGCCAAGUCACAGGCCCAGCAAGAGAUGUUUGCUUGUGUCAAAAAGCAAGAGGAGAGUCAGAAGGAAUACACUAAAAGCAUGAAUGCACUGCAGGAGGAAAUCCUGAAGCUUGGUAAACGCAAACAGGAUUUGCUGGACCAACUGAAGAGAUAUCAAGAUGAAUUGGAGGCGAAGAGGGCCGAGUCCACCAAACUGAAGCAGAAAUUCAAGAUCUACGUCCAGAUUCCAGACACAGAGGUGAAGUUCAUAGCUGAGAAUAAAGGGGAGACGGGGGAUGACUGUCAGCCAAUCAGAGGACUUUUUGCCAUCCAUCAGAGACCCACUGUGCUUCUGCAAGGAGGACAGGCACUUAUCACGUUUGAAGAGGAGAAAGUGGCCUCUCAGAUCCUGAAGAUUGCCAAGUGCUCUGUGCCCUGUGACAACAUCAGUGUGGAUGUGAAACCAAAAAGAAUAAAACUGGAUCCUGCUGUUAAGUUUGAGGUCCACCUUGACGUUUCCAGAAAGGCGCUCAAGGUUUCCAGCAUCCCCUCUUCCAUGCCAGAGGAGAGAAUGAAGGACCGACUGGAGAUUAGUUUCUGCAGGCCCAGCAGAGGAGGAGGAGAAGUGGAGAUGGUGGAGUACGAUCAGAACACUGGGACAGGACAGAUCACCUUUCUCCACCCUGGAGGUACAAUUCUGGGCUACAUUUACCAAGACAACGGGGUAGUGUAAAUGUGCCCUGCAAUUCUUAGUGAAUUUGCAGAAACAUUCUGUGUGUAUUUAGCUCUGGAUUUACCACGACAGAACCUCACUAGACUGAGCCGGGACUGCAACUCACACAUUCUUUAAGGGAGGGGAUUCAGCAGUGGGAUUUGUCUGUUUGAAGUUCAUUAGGUAUUUGAUAAUUUCAAAACAUUUACUUCUUCUGCAGUUACUAUAUAUAUUAUAUUUAAUCAUCUUAACAUAAUUUUCAUUAAUAAUGCUUGUUGGAGUAGGCCAGCAAUUUUAUAGAUUUGUGGAAAAAACCUAAAUAUUGGUCGUCCACCACCUCAGAGAGAGAGAGAGAGACAGACUCU